GGCCUUGAGGGUUCCGGUUUGACUGUUGUUGAUGCUCUGCGAUCGAUCAUUAUACUGAUUUCGCCUUUUGAAGAAAAAAUCCUUAUACGAUGAUUGCAAGAGUGAAUGGGAUUUCUAGGAUUAGAUGGGCUUUGUGUGAAGAGUAACAUGCACACAGUACACACACAUAAAUAGAGAGUAUAAUUAUUUCUGCCCAACCCAAUGCCAAGAAGCUGCGACACGUUUUCUAAUCUUUCCUUUUUCGUUAACAGUGUUACAGAUGAGAAUAAGUCUAUUUCAAGUAUCCAAUUUCACAUUUUCAGGCACACACCAUACUGGUGUAAUAAUAAAUGAUCGCGGUUGUUGUUCUUCGGCCAGAGAGAAUGUCUGGAAAAGCGCCUUUAAUACGCACGUGAAGAAAAGGGGAAAAGAAAAGUGAACUGUAAACAGUGGUGCGGAGCGCAGUGGUUUUUUUUCCUUUCUACUUUUCUACCUCAGAGUCAAAUUCUACUGCUAAAGCACUGCGUUUCUGGUAAAAUUGGGGUGUUGGGUUCUUGACUAAUGUGAUGAAAUUGGAGGCGUUGCCGAAGGGUUUCAGAUUCCGGCCGACUGAUGAGGAGCUCGUCAGCCAUUAUCUCAGGCUCAAGAUUAACGGUCACCAUUCCUCCGUUCAAGUCAUCCCCGAGAUUGAUGUCUGUAAAUGGGAGCCAUGGGAUCUCCCUGCACUGUCAGUGAUAAAGUCUGAUGACCAGGAAUGGUUCUUCUUCUGCCCCCGUGAUAGAAAAUAUCCAAAUGGGCAUCGCUCUAAUAGGGCCACAGAAGCUGGUUAUUGGAAGGCCACCGGCAAGGAUCGUACCAUAAAAUCUCGCAAGUCAUUGCCUUCUGGUCGUUCCAAUACCCAAUUAAUUGGCAUGAAAAAAACUUUAGUAUUCUACAAGGGUCGUGCACCUAAGGGUGAACGGACGAAUUGGAUCAUGCAUGAGUAUCGUGCCACUGAACCAGAUCUUGACGGUUCUAGCCCUGGACAGGGAGACUAUGUUCUAUGUCGCUUGUUCCACAAGGCAGAUGAGAAGCUAGACCAUUCGAAGUACGAUGAAGUUGAACCUACGGGAUCAUCUCCUUCUACUAGCAAAUCAUCUCCAGAUGAAGCAUCAUCAUCUGAUCUUUUCACAGAACCUGCAGGCCUUGGUAUUGAAAUAUUCAAGGAACCAGAGGACGUAAAAAUGAAGUGGAAAGAUGAGGCUGAUACAACUCCUGCUAUCCUAACACCUAAAGAAAUACGUGAAUCCAAUAUAGCCGAUCACUCAGGAGAAAAAACAGAUAGGGAGGUCAGAGAGGAAGAUGUGUAUGCUCCAAUAAGAGAAAUUCCGUUGUCCGAUGAAGCUGCAUAUAAUCAAUUUGAUGACAAGGCCUUAGAUCCCUUGCUGUCUCUCAAUUACACCGACUCAGGAGCUUGCAUAGGUUCUCCCUUCCCUGAUGACUUUGGCAAUGAUCCCAAUGGAUUGCAUUUUCAAGAUGGGACAUCUGAACAGGAUGUCUCUCUAUCAGAGCUGUUGGAAGGCCUUCAAAAUCAUGGGAGCUGUUUUCAUGAACAGUUAACUAGCGAUAAGACCUUAGCUGCCAGCGAAGGCCUCAUCCCUGAGCAGAUUAAUGCUCUGGAGCACACACCAAUUACAUUAUGUAAAGCGGAUCUUUGUAAAAUGUAUGGGGAGACAGACACGGAAAUGGUUCAAGCACAGGGGCAACCAUCUCCACAAUUCCAAGUUGCGUCGUCCGCUGAUCAUUUGGUUUCUCACUAUGCCAUUCGAAAAGAUGUCUCGUCCCUUGAUGUAGUUUCCGGCUCGCUGGAUGAUUCAUUUUACCAUUCAUAUCAAACAAAAGAUGGUAAUACUCAUGUUAGUGGAACUGGAAUCAAGAUUCGAUCACGUCAGCCACGGAAUCAACCAACUAUACUUAACUCUACUACCCAGGGUACUACGUCUAGGAGAAUCCGUCUGUUGAUGGAAAGUGGAUCAAACCCCAUAUGUUAUGAAGAAUCCAAAGAUGCCAGCAGCAGUGAAGAACAAGAAUCACAGUCACUUAUCACCAAGGACGACGAAGAUACCACUAAAACUUGGGAGUCUCAGCAUCCAGAAGAUAGAGUAGAGGAUGAGAACAAGGGGAUUACUCAAAAACGUGUUGACGAAAAUGGCAUUACAAAGAUGGCAUCUAUGCUAUCAACAACAUCGACUGUCCUCCGUAGAGUUGCAAGUUAUUUAAAAACGUAUGCUGUCCGCAUCUAUUUUGUGAUAAUUCUGUUAGUGGUUUCCAUUGGGCUGUGGAAAUGUCCUAGUUUCCAUGAAUUCUAAGUCCCAUUCUUGUUCAUAAUCUGAUAGCUUCUUGUAAUUAUAUAGUGAGGUGGUGGUCAGAUGAAUCCAUGCUUGUAUAAAUUCUAAUUGUGUAGAAAGAAGUUGACUGUAGGAGAUAUAUGUGGAUCCAGAGUUCUUCACAUACACACACUUCACAAAUCUGUUUGGACAAUCUUACUGGGCUGGCAUGGAAAACUGCCCAUCUCUUUUCAUUAUCAUUAUCCAUCUAGGACUCAAGAUUGUGUUUAAUUUAUUUACAUGUCAAAUUUUAAGUUUUUUUUAGUGUAUGGAUUUUCAUGUGGGAAUAAAAAUGUGUUUGGGGUAA